CUUUAUUUGCAUUUCAAACACUGACCCGUAGGUCAUGUGGAUUAAUUUUCUUUUGUGUUGUCCUGUCUCACUCGAGCCAGCGCAGAUAUCUCCUGUUUUGAGCCUCUAAGAUCUCAUUUAUCUUCACGAAACUUUAAAAACCACACAAUCCAAAGUCUUAUAUUUAUUUCUGCAAACAACUCCUCGUUCGCUAUAUUUAUUACUGGCGUCUAAAAACUCUGAGGGAACUCUCGAUUCGAGGAAUCUGCAAGAGCUGAGGAUGGAUAUCCAAGUUAAAGUUACUAGUCUCAGCUGUGUUGUUUUUGUCUUGUUGUUUAGCCCAGUAUUAUGUGCAAAGGAUGGAGAUGUCCGCCUGUUUGGAUCAGAUGAUGCCUGGCAAGGACGCGUUGAAAUCUAUCACAAUAAUGCCUGGGGAACCAUUUGUGAUGAUUUCUGGGACAUAAACGAAGGAACAGUUAUCUGCCGCCAACUGAACUACUCAGAUGCCGUCUAUAUGUACUCUGUUGCUUCGUUUGGUCAGGGUACAGGUCCGAUAUGGCUCGAUAAUCUUAAUUGCAAUGGAAGUGAGUCAAAAAUAACAGACUGUCCUCAUAAUGGUUGGGGAGUACACAACUGCAUGCACAAAGAAGAUGGUGGAGUGGCAUGUGUACAUCAAGACACUAAUCCAACCAAUACUGGUAGCUGCUCGUUUGAUAAUGAUCUUUGUGGAUAUAUUAAUGCUGAUGAUGAUGACUUUGAUUGGACUCUUCACCAGAACAGCACACCUUCUUUUGCUACUGGCCCUGCCCAUGAUCAUUCUACAGGAUAUGGUAGUUACAUUUACAUUGAGACUUCAUAUCCACGAGUACAAGGAGAAAUGGCUCGUAUAAUCAGCCCUGAAGUUAACAAUAUAAAAUGUGUGACCUUCUACUAUCACAUGAAAGGUGAAACUAUCUGUGAACUGAACGUUUACAUAGAUGAUGGAAAUGAUAGGAAAAUGGUUUGGACACAAAAGGGUGAGGCAUCGAAAGUCUGGCAGAAAGCAGUGAUUCCUGUUAAAGGAUAUUCAUCAUUUAAGAUAAUGUUUGAGGCUGUUGUUGGCACACAACACACAGGAGAUAUUGCAAUUGAUGAUGUGGCAGCCCUGACUACGAGCUGCGAUGCCCUUGUUCCUUCUGGUGCUAAGCCAAUACCCCCUGACCUGUCGAAAAUCAAAUCAACCAUUCGUCUUGUGGGAAAUCUUUCUUCAGCAGGACGAAUCGAAGUCCUUCACAACGGAAGAUGGGGCACAAUCUGUGGAAGACACUUCCAUCUUCCUGCCGCUAAAGUAGUUUGCAGACAGCUAGGAUUCUUGGAUGUUGAGAGUAUCGUACCAUGUUGUUCAAUCCAUAAACCAGGAAAGGGAAUUAUCUGGUUGGAUAAUCUUCAUUGUGAAGGCAGAGAAGCCGCCAUUACUUUGUGUCCACACCGGGGUUGGGGAGUCUCAUCAUGUGUUCAUAGGCAGGAUGUCGGUGUGAUUUGCAAAACCAAAGACACUUUAAAAAUGGUGCGACUCGCUGGUUCUGAGCACGACUACAAGGGUCGAGUAGAAGUCCAGAUUGGUGGUAUAUGGGGGACGAUUAUGGAUAUCGGCUGGGACAUCUACGAUUCAACUGUCGUCUGCAAACAACUCGGUUUUAGUGGCGCCUCAGCAGUGUAUAGUGCAGCACAUUACGGGGCUGGUAAAGGUCCGAUAUGGCUUUCAUCUGCCAAGUGUAUUGGUAAUGAGACUUCGUUUUCUCAGUGUAAUGUUACUCAGCAUCAGAUCCAGUGGAAUGGUCCGUGGUGGUGGAAUCCUCAUCGGCGCGAUGCUGGUGUCGAGUGUUACGAGCUUCGCCUGGCUGGAGGGAAAUCAACGAGUGAAGGCAUUGUCGAGAUCUUUCUUGGUACUUGGGGUACCAUUUGUAAUGAAAGGUUUGACAUGAACGCAGCUAAAGUCGUCUGCAGGCAAAUGGGGUACCGUGAGGUAGUAUCGAUAAAACUUGGAUACCCUGCAAACCAUACGAAUGGGACAGCUCCUAUCAUAACAAGAUUACAAUGUAAUGGUGGCGAAGCGGCUCUCGGUCUGUGUCAAUAUGUUCCUCUUUUUGGUAACAUACACAGUUGUACACACGCCAAAGACGCCAUGGUGAAAUGUGACGUACCUCUGCCAACAGCCAUUCCACCAGGACCGAAUCCAGGUAUGUGAUUUAUUCUGAACUGUCGAACUUGGUUCCAUAUU